UAUCGGUUGCCGUGUGGCGAUGGCACAGUUGCUACAAACUCGUCCCAGCGAGCAGUUCUAACUUUUACAAUCUCAACUUAGCAGUCCAGGUUUCAAUUUGUUCAUUGUUUGGCAGAUAUCUUCACCGAACGAAGCCUAGAAGUGUGUUGAAAAACAAUUAAACUAUCUCCAGCCAGCCAGUUUCGAGAAAAGUUAUAAGUGUAGGUAGAAGAGAAAUUCAGCUGAUUUGCCCUCGAUGCUCAAAUCAGUAGUGAGUUUGACAAACCGCAAAUCUAUCGCGAGAGACCAUAGAAAUAGCAUGAGUGAAGGAGUUUCUGAUAUAUUUUGAUAGCGAGCAAACCGUGUCGAGUGACGAACAAAGCGAGUUUGGCUUUGAGAAAGUUUUCCCUGAAGCUAAUUACGUAAAACAAGUCAGCUAAUUGUAAGAAGAAAACAAAAAUGUUAUCCACGUUGAUCCGGGCUGGACCACUGCAGGCUGCAGUUGGCCGUCAGCUGAUUCGUUCGGUCGAGUCUCCAAAUGCACUGCAGCAUGUCCGGGCAAUCACCAAAAGUAGCGAGGUUAACAAUUCCGACUUUAUGACCAUGCGGGAAAACCAGACCCAGAAAGUGAGCCGCGACUAUGAGAGCAAAAUUCAGAUAAGACUGAAGAAAGUUUCGAGAACACUCUCGACGCUGAAUCACACCGUACCGGAGGCGGUCACACAAACCGUUGUCUCGAAAUCCGAGAGCCGCGAGUUUAUGGCCGUGUUUCCCGAUCUAGUCCGUGAUUUGACUGAGUAUGUUAAUAAGUACGAUGGCAAAGUGGCUGCCAAGUGGUUUGCCCGGUCCCUGCAAUACAAUGUACCUCAGGGAAAGAAGAACCGUGGAUUGGCUGCCGUUCUGGCUUACCGGAUGCUCGCCAAGCCGGAAGAGCUGACCCCGGAGAAUAUUCGACGUGCACAUUAUCUCGGAUGGUGUAUCGAAAUGUUCCAGUCGUUCUUCCUGCUCUGUGACGAUGUAAUGGAUGGAAGCAUAACACGUCGUGGUCAGCCCUGCUGGUACAGAGUAGAGGACGUGAAGCUAACCGCCAUCAACGACGCUCUUAUGAUUGAUGCGGCCAUCUUCCAUGUGCUGAAGAAACAGUUUGGCGAUCAACCCUACUACACAAAGCUGGUGGAAAUGUUCAAUGAUAUAAAGUUCAUUACCACCGUUGGUCAAUCAUUGGACCUCCAGUCAGCAAAGCUAGAUGUCACCAAAUACACGAUGGAUCUGUACAAAUCAAUCGUUUCCCAUAAGACUGCCUACUAUACAUUUUAUCUGCCAGUGGCACUUGCCAUGCACAUGACUGGCUUCACUGAUCCGGAAGUGUUCCGCCAAACCAGAACGAUCCUCCUGGAAAUUGGCCAAUUCUUCCAAGCUCAGGACGAUUUUCUCGAUUGCUUCGGUGAUCCAGCGGUAACCGGCAAAGUUGGUACCGACAUCGAGGAAGGCAAGUGUACAUGGUUGGCGGUAGUGUGCAUGCAGCGAGCCUCCGACGAUCAGAAAGAGAUCAUGAAAGAGUGCUACGGUUCUAGUGAUCCCGCAAAGGUAGCACGAGUUAAGAAGCUGUACGAGGAGCUAGGUCUGCCAAUGACCUAUUCAAUAUAUGAGGAAGAAUCAUACGGCAUUAUCAAGACUCACAUUCAGCAAAUAUCCCGAGGUCUUCCGCAUGAGCUAUUCUUCAAGAUCAUGGAGAAAAUAUACAAACGAGAUUGUUAAAUACCUCAGAAUUUGUCAAUUCGAUCUAAAUCGGACUUAUUGCAACAGACACAAUAAUUGUAGGCAUUUAAGAACCUAUGAUAAUACUAUAUUCUUAGCUGUAACAUUUUGUAGGACUGGCUUUUCUGUAGUGAUAGAAAGGGAAAAGCGUAAUUUAUAUGGUUAGGGUUUUCAGAAAAUCUCGACCGUCAUUGGAAUUACUUAAUUGUUCAUUGAAACACUAAAUACAUACAUGUGAUGUGUAUCGUGUCACUUUCCUGAAUGAAUUUGUAUUUUGGUAUGUUUUACUCAAAACGUUGUAUCGCAUUUCACAUCUUUAAGCAAUUCAAGUUUGAUCAAAACUAAUAAACAUUGAAUACAUAAGUUGUUCGAAUAUUGAUAUUUUCUCUCAAUGAGUUAUAUGCAGUUUUUUAUGUUAAUGAUAAUUUACAUGAAACAUAAAAGAAUACAAAGCAGUUUACGAAUAAGGACAAACGAUAACUGAUUGAUAUAUUUAGAGUUAGGCUACUAUUGAUGCAUGAAGUCAUUUUGAAAAUACAGUAUAAUUGAAAAAAAAAA